GCUCCACCACUCGCGUCUCUUCAAAAACUAUUACGUCAUCACGUCACUUUGUGUGGGUCACAGUUUGGCAACAUGGCGGCGCACAGGCUCUCUCCAUCACUGAACAGGCUGCUGUUUGCCGUAAAGUAUACCUCGUUCCAGUCCAGCUGUUGUGCAGUGCGCGGCAACGCUCAUUAUUCCACUGUCUACAGUCCCACUGAAAAGACCUUCGAUAAGAUCCUCAUUGCCAACAGAGGAGAGAUUGCUUGCAGGGUGAUCAAGACAUGUAACAAGAUGGGCAUCCAGACUGUAGCUGUUCACAGUGAUGUUGACUCCAGUGCUGUUCAUGUAAAGAUGGCUGAUGAAGCAGUGUGUGUUGGCCCCGCCCCCACCAAUAAGAGCUACCUGAACAUGGACGCCAUCAUGGAGGCCAUCAGAGCGACUGGAGCACAAGCUGUUCAUCCUGGCUACGGGUUUCUCUCUGAAAACAAAGAGUUUGCAAAGCGACUGGCAGCAAAGGACGUGGCAUUCAUUGGUCCAGACACACAUGCUAUUCAGGCAAUGGGGGAUAAAAUUGAGAGCAAGCUGAUCGCUAAGGCUGCCAAUGUCAACACUAUCCCAGGAUAUGAUGGAGUUGUCAAGACGGCUGAGGAAGCUGUGAAGAUCUCACAGGAAAUCGGCUACCCAGUGAUGAUCAAAGCCUCUGCAGGAGGAGGCGGGAAAGGAAUGAGGGUUGCUUGGAAUGAUGAGGAGACGAGGGAAGGUUUCCGCUUCUCGUCCCAGGAGGCAGCAUCCAGCUUUGGAGACGACCGGCUGCUCAUUGAGAAGUUCAUAGACAACCCCAGACACAUUGAGAUACAGGUGCUGGCUGAUAAACAUGGUAAUGCUCUGUGGCUCAAUGAGAGGGAAUGCUCCAUCCAGCGGAGGAACCAGAAGGUGGUGGAAGAAGCUCCCAGCACUUUCCUGGACCCAGUGACACGGCGGGCGAUGGGUGAGCAGGCAGUGCAGCUGGCCAAGGCUGUGCAGUACUCCUCUGCCGGCACCGUGGAGUUCCUGGUGGAUUCUAAUAAGAACUUCUUCUUCCUGGAGAUGAACACACGACUACAGGUGGAGCAUCCAAUUACAGAGUGUAUUACUGGCCUGGACUUGGUGGAGCAGAUGAUCCGGGUUGCCAAGGGUUACCAACUGCAGCACAAACAGGAAGAUGUCCCAAUAAACGGCUGGGCCAUUGAGAGUCGCGUCUAUGCUGAGGAUCCCUACAAGUCUUUUGGUCUUCCCUCCAUCGGACGGCUGUCUCAGUACCAAGAGCCACUCAACCUGGGCAAUGUCCGUGUGGACAGCGGCAUCCAGGAGGGAAGUGACAUCAGCAUCUACUAUGAUCCCAUGAUCUCAAAGUUGGUUACCUAUGGAGCUACGCGAGCUGAAGCCCUCGCCAGGAUGGAGGAUGCUCUGGAUAACUAUGUCAUCAGAGGUGUGACCCACAACAUUCCCCUCCUGCGGGAAAUCAUCACCCACCCCCGCUUUAUCUCUGGUGACAUCAGCACCAACUUCCUGCCGGAGGUUUACCCCGACGGCUUCAACGGUCACCAGCUGAAGAUCGACAAACGCAGGGAGCUGUUGGCCUCGGCAGCAGCGCUCUACAUCACUGCUCAGCUCCGCUCUCAGAAGGUCCUGGGUAACCUGAGGGUGUCCUCCACUGCUAUGGAUUGUAGCCGCUGGGAGCUGUGUGUGCAGCUGGAGGAGCGAUGGCAUUCUGUGGAAGUCACCAAAUCAGGAAACGUUUAUACUGUGGAGGUGGAGGGAGGAAAGGUGGAAGUCAGUGGACAGUGGAACCUGGCCUCCCCACUGCUACCACUCACCAUCAACGGCACACACAGGAUGCUACAGUGUCUGUCCAGAGAUUCUUCAGGGAAGAUUGUUCUGCAGUACCUGGGCACAGCGUUUAAGGUUCGCGUUCUGUCCAAGUUGGCUGCAGAGUUGAACUCCUACAUGCCAGAAAAGGUUCCAGAAGACACCAGCAGCAUCCUGCGGUCACCGAUGCCAGGCGCAGUGGUGUCUGUGUCCGUCAACCCCGGAGACACGGUUGCAGAGGGUCAGGAGAUCUGUGUGAUCGAAGCCAUGAAGAUGCAGAACAGUUUGACUGCUGCCAAGCAAGGAAAGGUUAAGAGUGUCCACUGUAAGCCAGGGGAGACGGUGGGAGAGGGAGACCUGCUGGUAGAGCUUGAAUAAGAUUCUGAUGUGUGACAUCAGGAUGAGCCUUACUCCCCUCUGUGUCCGGAGGAAGAUCCACAGUGACAAACACACUGGACAUUAACAGAAGCUGGAUUUACUUGCUCGUGGUUAGUCUCCAGAGUGGCCCCCACUCAGCAGAGUGCAGUUCCCUGAUGGUGACUCAGAGCCCAGCUGUAUCAGCAGAGUCUUCUGCACAUGUCACACUCAUUCAUGUUGCUUGUUGAGAUGCAGCUGUGUUGUAAAAAACCCUCUUGUAAAUCUUUCCACUCUGCUUCUGUUUUGUGUGUUUUCUAGACCUGAUUGUUAGUUUUUUGUUAAUCAGUUCAACAUCUACAUUACAGAAAAUGUUUUUCUCAUUUUACAAUUAUGCUGUCUUGCCUUCCAGGUAGUUUUGGUUUAUGUGCCAAGGUUUUGCGAUAUCUACAUAGGGAAUGUCUGCUGCUCUUCCCAACGUGACCUUUUGGUUUGGAAGCUGCUGAUGAGUCUUGCCAAUGCAAUUGUUCUGUGAUUUGAGAACCAAACAUAAAUUGUAUUGGAGUGGAGGCAGAAAUCUUAGAGCUGCAACAGGGAAAACUAAAACUGUGCAGCUUGAUGCCACUCGAGGGGAGUCGGGAAAAAUGUCUGUAAUCCAGUUGAAAAGAGUCUACAUACAACUAAUAAAGUGCUCCUUCUUUUCAACAUAAAGUAACUCACUGAA